AUGUCCAAAGGCAAAGCCCCGACCAACGAGCAGCAGGUGCUUGCUGUCAAAGACGUCAUCAAGCUGGACGCCUUCAAGGGCAAGAUGCUUGCAAAGGAUAUUAUCGACAAUCUGUCGUCCAAAGCCAGCGAGACUUUUGAUACUUCGUCGAAAGAGUUUGACCCCCAGCCCCUCAUCCGCAUUUACGAUCUGUCCGUGGAUGAGCUCCUCAAGUUGCGCAAGAAAGUGCAAAACAAAAUCGACGAUCUUGAGGACGCCGCGCAAGUGACUGACAACUCGCGCAAAGCCAAGUUUCGCGAGUUCAGUAAGGAAUUUGAGGAGGUUCAAUCAGCCUUUGAAACACUGGAAGUUGGGCUUGGCGAGGUCGGAAAUACCGCUAUUCGCAUUGGCGAGCAGCUCGAAAUCAUUGACAAACAGAUCAGCCGCGCGACCGAAGCCAAGAGCAUCAUCCAUUCGUUUAUGCAGUUCAACGUUGGCCAGUGGGGCCACUUGGACGAUUUGCGUUCCUCAGGAUACGAGGGAAAGUACAAGGUCGCCAUCAUGCUGCGUCGGCUUCUCAUUGUGGCCAAGGAGAUUGAACUCCAUGGAACCGAGACGGCCAAAAUGAACAUUGAAAAAUACAGCGAAGAUUUCGAGAAGAGCAUCCUGGAAGAAUUCGAUGCCGCCUACAAGAACCACAACAUCGAGUUCAUGAACCAAUGUGCCAAGAUUCUGUGCGAUUUCAACGGAGGCAACUCUUGCGUUCAGAUGUACAUCAACCAGCAUGACUUUUUCAUCAAGGAUCUGAAGCUGUACCAUCCACACGAGAGCUCUCCAUCGAGAUCCGAAACAGCUCGUGGAAGCUCUGAGAAAGCCCGCGGAUCACAAGCAACCGAUCUGGGCCUCAUCCGACUCUACGCCGAGAUCCUAAAUGUGGUCAAGAAGGAAUGGGAGAUUCUCUCGGCCGUAUUUCCGAACGCGCACUCUGUCCUCCAGCAGUUUCUGCAGCGAAUCUUUGCGCAAUCGAUCCAAAGCUAUCUUGAAACGCAGCUGUCCAACGCCGAGGCAGAGUCGUUUCUGCUUUACCUGCGAAAGUUGGCGUUUUCACACUCGGCCACCUCGAGUCUCGUGAACGACUUGCAUCGGUUCGAUGAAGAAACCAUCUUUGCCCAGAGCGAGACCCUGGCCCUGGGCUCCGGCAUCGACAGGGCCUUCAAUGACCUCUUUGUGCCAUACACCGAGGGCGAUCGCUACAUUGAUGUUGAGCACCGGAGCUUAUUCGAUCGCUUUGACGAAGCCCUGGCGCCGUUCUUCAUCGGACUGUCAAAUCGCCUGAAGCCAAAGAAGGAUGGCAAGCCAAUGGUCUCUAUCCUCAAAGCCAGUGGCCUGAAUCUUCUUGGAGAUUCCCAGGAGGACGAGGGCGAAAAGACCCCCGAAGAGCUCGGGCUGCCCUCGGUGGAGCUAACCAUAAAGCUCAUCGAGUUCCACUACGAGUCAACCAGACGCUGCCACGAACUGGCAUCGGCCAAGGAGCUCCCGAACAUGUCUGCCUCGCUGUUCCGGUUCUUCAUCGAGGCCACCGGGACUCGCUACGUUGAGGCGUCGCUGAACAGCAUCAUCGAGGAAGUCACGAUGGUCGAUGCCAAAGUGGAACCCGACUUGCACUACAUUCCGCUUGUCAAGAUAUGCUUUCAGAUCCUACAUCUCGUUCAGCUGCAUUUUCAGACAUGCGUGCUGCCAACCAUACUCAUCUCACCGGUUGUGCACCGAGAGUGUGUCCUGGUCAAAAACGAGUUUAUCGAGAUGACCGAAACCCUGGUCAACAGUCUGAUCCAAAAGCAGAUCGAAGCGAGCAUCAACUGGAUUGUUUCGCUGCUCGGCCGACAGAAAAAAGCCGACUUCAAGCCCAGGGAUGAAUCUUAUGGCGCCAACAACACAGUGACGCAAGUUUGCGGACAGUGCUGCGACUUUGUCGAGAAGAUCCACAAGAUCAUUGUUCAGAGCCUUGAUCCUGAGAACGCAAAGACGGUGCUGCUUGAGCUUGGCAACUCGUUUCACAGCCUCCUGCUGGAGCACUACAAAAGGUACCCUGUCAGCCAGGCAGGCAGCCUGAUCCUUGCCAAGGAUCUGUCUCGGUACCAUGAAAUGUUCAGCAGCUGGGGCAUCGACAAGCUCGAGGAGCGGUUUGAUAUGCUGCGCGAGCUCGGCAAUCUCUUUAUCGUCAAGCCCGAGAGCCUCAAGACCGUCAUCAAUGAGGGAUAUCUCUCCCAGAUCGCCACGAACCUGCUGCUGCCGUACGUGUCGAUGCGGACAGACUACGGCAAGUUCUCGAAAUACGAGCGGGACCUGUUCCAGGCGCCGGCGAUCGCCUCGACCAACUCGCUCAACAGCCUCGAAAGCACAGUCUACUGAGGUGGCUCGCACCAGCAGCUGGCUGGGCAGGGGAGGCGACGACGGCUCUCUUUGUCUCGCCGCUCGCCAAGAUAUCGGCUGAGCUCCGACCGUCCGGGCUGCGUCGGCCGUCGAAUCCAUACACAUCUUUUGCACAAGCUGCAUCCGUUGUAUCCAUUCGUCCUGUCCAUCGAUUGUACCUGGUGUCCCUUGCCCCCAGUCCGCCAAGAAGACACGCGCUGACUCGGAGCAAGCCUCGCUUGUUCGCA